GAUCCCUGUACACGUCCAAGGUAAAAAAAACUUCUCUUUUGUUGCCCCACAGAAAUUUAAGAAAACCAGCAAAAUGAAAACCACUAACAGUAUCCCGUGGGUUUGUAUAGUCUCAAGUGGGUUAUCUAUGUAAGAAACUUGUAGUCCAUGCUAAGUUCUUCAUCCAAAACUGAAAUACUAUACUCACUUCCUCGCAAAUCACUUUUACAAGCUACUACAUACUACUUAGAAUUAAUCAGUCAAUUAAGAUGAGUUCAGCAAGCAAAGCCUGGAUGGUUGCUGUUAGUGUCGGUGUUGUUGAAGCAUUGAAAGAUCAAGCUGGAAUGUGUAGAUGGAAUUAUGCUCUUAGAUCAAUCCAUCAAUACACAAAGAAUAGAGUCAAAUCAUCUAUAUCUCAAGCAACUUCUUCUUCAGUUGCAGCUUCUUCUGUAAUUCCAGACCAGAUCAUGAUGAUGAAUCGGAAAAGAGAUCAUGAAAUGAAGCAAUCCGAAGAAUCACUUAGAAAAGUUAUGUAUUUGGGUUGUUGGGGUCCCAAUUAAAAGGAUCUCUUGAACCACGAAUUCUAGACAAGAAGAUCAAAUGGAUCUUUAUCUUAGUUAUUUGUGUUAAUUAAUUAGUGCUUGUAUAUAUAAAUGAAAUUCUUAUCAAAAAAUUUCU